GCUUUUUUCCAGUGACCCCAUAUGGACACGUAAUUUUUUACAAGGUGUAGACGUCAUUUUUGACAGUCGAUCUUUCUGACUAAAUCAUGGCACCGAAAAAGCCCACGGAUAAACCUGCGGCUAAGCCCGAAGAGAAGAAGAAGAAGCCCGCAGCUGCUGCUGCUCCUGGAGCCGCUUCUACAUCGAGCGGUACCAAGGCAGCUCCGGCUGAAAAGAAGCCUGCCGAGAAGAAACCCACACCUCCGGCGGAGAAGAAGCCAGCAGCUGAGAAGAAGCCUGCUGCUGAGAAGAAACCGGGAGAGAAGAAGGCAGCCCCAGCACCCAAAGCUGCUGCUGCUCCCAAGGCUGGUGCUGCUCCAAAGGCAGCUGCUGGAACUGCCAAAGCACCUGCUGCUGCUGGCGAUAAGAAGAAGACUGCAGCUUCAACUGGUGCUGCAGCUCCUAAGAAGGCGACUGCAACUGGUGCCAAGAAGACCCCAGCUGCUCCAGGAGCUGAAAAGAAGGCCACAGCUAAGAAGACCCCCGCUAAGGGUGCUGCUGGUGCACCUGCUGCUAAGAAGGCAGCAACCACCAAGAAGGCUGCCGGCGCUACCAAGGAUGGUAAGCCUAAGGAGAAGAAGCCAGCUGGUGCAAAGAAACCCGGAGCUGUGUCGAAGCCAGUAGCAAAGAAACAGGCUGCUGCUAAGGCAAAACUCGCUAAAGCAAAGGGAGCUGCUAAGCUGCAAAAGGGAACUGCAAAGGCCAAGGCUGCUGCUGUUGUGAGAGCCAAGAGGGUUGCAACAAAGGUCAUCAAGGGUCCAUAUGGUACACGCACCAGGAAGAUCCGCACAUCUGUGCAUUUCCGUCGCCCCAAGACCCUGAAGCUGCCCCGUAAUCCAAAGUAUCCCAGGAAAUCCGCUCCCAGGCGCAAUCGUAUGGAUGCUUACAAUGUGAUUAAAUAUCCCCUGACGACGGAAGCUGCCAUGAAGAAGAUUGAAGACAACAACACCCUCGUCUUCCUCACGCAUCUCCGUUCCAACAAACACCACGUUAGGGCGGCUGUCCGGAAAUUGUAUGACAUCAAGGUGGCAAAGGUCAACCUCCUCAUCCAGCCAGACGGCAAGAAGAAGGCUUACGUACGACUCGCAAGGGACUACGACGCCCUGGAUAUUGCCAACAAGAUCGGCAUCAUAUAAGCGCCUCUCCGUACUGCAUUUUUUUGUAGUAAGAAUAAUAAAAAUAAUGGAAAGGCAA